CGCCACGGCCCCGCCGCCCCCGGCCCCGCCGCCCCGCCGCCCCGCGCCCGCCGCCGCCGCCGCCAUGGGCGUGCAGGGCUUCCAGGACUACAUCGAGAAGCACUGCCCGAGCGCCGUGGUGCCGGUGGAGCUGCAGAAGCUGGCCCGGGGCAGCCUGGUGGGCGGCGGGCGGCAGCGGCCCCCGCACACGCCGCUGCGCCUGCUGGUGGACGCCGACAACUGCCUGCACCGCCUCUACGGCGGCUUCUACACCGACUGGGUGAGCGGCGGCCAGUGGAACCACAUGCUCGGCUACCUGGCCGCGCUAGCCAAGGCCUGCUUCGGCGGCAACAUCGAGCUCUUCGUCUUCUUCAACGGCGCGCUCGAGAAGGCGCGGCUGCACGAAUGGGUCAAGCGGCAGGGCAACGAGCGCCAGACGGCGCAGCAGAUCGUCAGCCAUGUCCAGAACAAGGGCACCCCGCCGCCCAAGGUCUGGUUCCUGCCACCCGUCUGCAUGGCGCACUGCAUCCGCCUGGCGCUCAUCCGCUUCCACGUCAAGGUUGCACAGAGCAUCGAGGACCAUCAUCAAGAAGUGAUCGGUUUCUGCAGAGAAAACGGCUUCCAUGGCUUGAUUGCAUACGACUCUGAUUAUGCAUUGUGCAACAUCCCCUACUAUUUCAGUGCCCAUGCCCUAAAACUGAGCCGGAAUGGGAAAAGUCUCACCACAAGCCAAUAUCUGAUGCACGAGGUUGCCAAGCAGCUGGACCUGAACCCAAACCGCUUUCCUAUCUUUGCCGCUCUGUUAGGAAAUCACAUUCUACCUGAUGAAGAUCUGGCUUCCUUUCAUUGGAGUUUACUUGGUCCAGAACAUCCAUUAGCCUCACUUAAGGGAAGGGUGUGGCAGAUGAGCCCAGGAAGGAGGGAGUCUGGUUCCAGGAGAAGGAUCUCAGGGUUCCCACACACACGGAGGUGGACAGAAGAGCUGUCUGGGUCUCACGGCACAGUCCACACGAGCCCAGCGUUCCCAAGGUCAAGGGUCCGGGCCCACCAGCUGGUCUUGCCACCGUGUGAUGUGGUGAUCAAGGCUGUGGCUGACUACGUCCGCAAUAUCCAGGAUACCUCGGACUUGGAUGCCAUAGCUAAAGAUGUUUUCCAGCAUUCUCAGUCUAGAACAGAUGACAAAGUUAUUCGAUUUAAGAGAGCAAUUGGAUAUUAUUCAGCGACUAGUAAGCCUAUGGCAUUUCACCCACCACAUUACUUAGCCAGACCACAUCCGUUCGGAAUGCCUGGGAUGGUGCCACCGUAUGUCCCCCCCCAGAUGCUCAACAUUCCACAGACCUCUCUGCACGCAAAGCCUGUGGCCCCACAGGUGCCCAGCUCAGGUGCUCCGGGCCAGGCUCCCCACCCGUACAGCCUCGCUGAGCCGGCUCUCACCUUGGAGACGAGCGGAAAGAAUCUGACGGAGCAGAACUACAGUAACAUUCCUCAUGAAGGAAAACAUACUCCACUGUAUGAAAGAUCCUCCCCGAUCAACCCAGCUCCAAGCGGCAGUCCUAAUCACGUGGAUGCAGCGUACUUUCCUGGUUCUUCUACGUCGUCAUCUUCAGACAAUGAUGAAGGCAGUGGAGGAGCUGCAAACCAUAUCAGUGGGAACAAAAUUGGCUGGGAGAAGACAGGAAGCCAUUCAGAACCUCAAGCACGGGGAGACCCAGGAGACCAAACAAAGGCAGAAGGUUCGUCCACUGCCUCUUCGGGCAGCCAGCUUGCUGAAGGAAAGGGGAGCCAGAUUGGCACUGUUCAGCCAAUUCCGUGCCUCCUGUCCAUGCCCACCAGGAACCACAUGGACAUCACCACCCCGCCCCUGCCCCCCGUUGCACCUGAGGUGCUGAGAGUGGCCGAGCACCGGCACAAGAAGGGGCUCAUGUACCCCUACAUCUUCCAUGUCCUGACAAAGGGUGAAAUCAAAAUUGCUGUUUCUAUUGAAGAUGAAGCCAGCAAAGACCUGCCUCCCGCCGCCCUGCUCUAUAGGCCAGUUCGUCAGUAUGUUUACGGAGUCCUGUUUAGCUUGGCAGAAAGCAGAAAGAAAACUGAGAGACUUGCUUUUAGAAAGAACAGACUUCCACCAGAAUUCUCGCCAGUGAUCAUUAAAGAGUGGGCAGCUUACAAAGGGAAAUCUCCACAAACCCCGGAACUGGUGGAAGCUCUGGCCUUCAGGGAGUGGACCUGCCCCAACCUGAAGAGACUCUGGCUGGGGAAGGCAGUGGAGGACAAGAACCGCAGAAUGAGGGCCUUCCUGGCCUGCAUGAGGUCAGACACACCAGCCAUGCUCAACCCUGCCAGUGUGCCCACCCAUCUCACGGUGCUGUGCUGUGUCCUACGGUAUAUGGUGCAGUGGCCUGGAGCACGGAUACUGCGUCGCCAGGAGCUGGAUGCCUUCCUAGCUCAGGCAUUGUCCCCCAAACUCUAUGAGCCUGAUCAGCUGCAGGAGCUCAAGAUUGAGAACCUCGACCCCCGAGGCAUUCAGCUGUCAGCUCUCUUCAUGAGUGGUGUGGACAUGGCCCUGUUUGCAAACGACGCAUGUGGCCAGCCAGUGCCCUGGGAACACUGCUGUCCUUGGAUGUAUUUUGACGGGAAGCUCUUCCAGUCCAAACUCCUCAAAGCAAGCCGGGAAAAGACCCCACUCAUCGACCUCUGUGAUGGUCAGGCCGAGCAAGCUGCCAAGGUGGAAAAGAUGCGGCAGAGCAUCCUGGAAGGGCUGAACUUCUCCCGGCAGAGCCACCCGCUCCCCUUCCCACCGCCAGCGGCGCUGCCUUUCUACCCCGCCUCCGUGUACCCGCGGCACUUUGGUCCCGUCCCCCCGGCCCAGGGCCGGGGGCGGGGCUUUGCAGGAGUCUGUAGCUUUGGAGGCCCCUGUGGGGAAACCGUAGCGACAGGCGCUUACCGUGCCUUCCGUGUGACGACGGCGGCAGGACCUUGCGGCGCCUUCUCAGGCAGUGACAGCGGCAGGACUAGCAAGUCGCAGGGCGGAAUCCAACCUAUACCUUCUCAGGGAGGGAAGCUGGAAAUAGCUGGCACCGUGGUUGGCCACUGGGCUGGGAGCAGACGGGGCCGUGGGGGCCGUGGGCCUUUCCCCCUGCAGGUGGUUUCUGUUGGAGGGCCAGCAAGAGGGCGUCCAAGAGGAGUUAUUUCCACUCCAGUGAUCAGAACAUUUGGAAGAGGUGGAAGGUACUAUGGCAGAGGCUAUAAAAACCAGGGUGCGAUUCAGGGCAAGCCUCCCUAUGCUGCUUCAGCAGAAGAAGUGGCCAAAGAACUGAAGUCGAGAUCCGGAGAGUCUAAAUCCUCCGCUGUGUCUUCAGACGGGUCCCUGGCCGAGAACGGAGCAGUGGCUGAGGAGAAGCCAGCUCCCCAGAUGAAUGGGAGCACGGGCGACGCCAGGGCCCCCAGCCACUCGGAAAGUGCCUUGAACAAUGACUCUAAGACGUGCAAUACAAAUCCUCACUUAAAUGCACUAAGUACAGACAGUGCUUGCCGUAGAGCUGAUGCUCUGGAGGCAGCUGUCUUAAAGAAAGAAGAGUAAACUUAUUUUUUAUAGAGGGUGAAGGAUGCUGGAAGGGUAAGGAUUAGGAAUAUCUGGAGAGAAAGAGAGCCUACAGUUAUGUACAUUUUUUCCUUUCCGUAAGAGAAAAAUGAGGACUUUGGAAAUUCGGAUCCCUCUUUGAUAUCAGAGAUUUAAACAACACAUUUUUAGUUUUAACCAGUUGUAGUCAAAAUGCUACAAUAAAACAAAAAGAGAGAAAGAAAAUGAAGAGCAUUUGACUCCCACACUUAAAAUGAAGUACACACAAAGUUUAAACUGGUUAUGACAAAAGCCUAUAGUUGUGUUUCUUGAACUUAUAAAGAAAACAAAUUUUGGCAGUCUUUAAGUAUAUAUAGCUUAAAAUAUCAUUUUUAGCAUUUGGCACCAUAUGUAUGCCAUUAUCUUUGAUUUUUGCAUUACUGUUCACAAGAAAGCUUUGUCUAAGGCUUUGAUUUUAUGAUUAUGAAAGAAAUAAGGCACAACCACAGUUUUUCUUUCUUACUUAAAUUUCAUCACUGUUGAUGUGGUUCUUUUGUGUUUAAAAAAAAAAAGUGCAACUAUCAAAACUAAAAAAAUUAUAGAGUAAUAUUGCCGUUCUGCUGAUUUUAAAUAUACAGUACAUCAUACAUACUUUACAAGCAAGUUAAUGGAGAUAAAGUUGAAAUCAUAGAAGAUGCAAAUGACCUUUCAAAAUCAACACAAUGUGUUCUGAAACUUUUCGUGACUUAAUACCAUGCAUCUGUGAUCAAUGAACUAUGUGGUUUUGAAUCGGAUGUAGACCAUUAGUGCUACUACUUGAGCUAAACUUCUGCAUGGUUCAUAAUUUUUAAAGUGUGUAGUUAAUAUUAUGCAUGUUAUUGUCCUUUCUUCCAUUCUUACCAGUAUGUGCCCAUUUGCAAAACAAAAAUGCAGAUAAUCAGUAAUAGUCCUAUAAAAGAUGUUAACUCUGUUUAGUCAUUGACUGAUCUUGCUCUAACCUUAAAAUUUCGUGAUUAUUGACCUCUGUUGCAUUUAUUCUAAAACCCCCCAAAAUUAUCUAGCUGUUUCGAAUAUCAACAUUACCCUGGUGUACUCACUGCUGUAUGCAUUAUUGUUCUUUGUUGCUGUUUUAUGCCUUCAUAUUAGCAAAAUAUGAAAUUCUGUGAAAAACAAAAAAAAAAAAAUCCCUUUGAUCUUUAAAAAAAAAAAAACAAAAAAAACAACCCCCCCUUCUGUAGCAGGAAACAAAUUGCUUGUUCUUGAGAACUUUCCCAUCAAGAAUUUAGUAGAAGCAGGUAUACUUAUAUCAUUUUGAUGUUUUUGUUAAUGUUUCCAAACAAUGUACUUUGAAAUCAGAAUCACUUCUUAUUCGUUUUCAUAUAAUUCUCCUGAUGCUCUUCAUCACACAUUAGUGAUCAGAAAUGAGAUGUAAUUCCCCAAUCCCUGCCCGCAAGACCUGAGUAGGAUCUUUACUGUAAGUUGAAGGGAGUUUUGCCCUAACUCAUGGAUUGUGCAAGAAUGAACUGCUGUUGGGUUUGACUGAUUGUAGAUGGGUUGUGGUGUGGUGUAUCUGAAGGCUAUUGAAUGCAACUUACAAUGCUUAAUAAAAAUCUUUAUUCUUUUAGUAUAAA